AUGAGGCAACUUGAGGGGACUCAAUGGAACAUGGUAGCCAUAACCGACAUUGAACAGGUGCACCAGAAUCUCGAAGGGCUACGCCUAGAGACGGAGCGCCGGACGAACUUGCUUGCGACAGGUUUAACUACGGUUGUAGCUGGAGUUGACCAGUUACGGGAGGCCGCAGUGCAGAGUAGCCAAGCGUACGGAUCCUUGAAUCAGCGAGUGGCUGAGUUGACAGAGAGCAUGAAACACCUUGCCCAAAGAGUCGAUGGCAUUGAAGGACAAGUGUUUCUCCAUGAGGCGAUGAGCCAGCGAUUGACCGAGCUGAACGAGCAUGUGCUUGGUUUGGAGUCCCGGGGUUUAGCUAGUGGCGAAGCUGAGCGGGAAACCUUAUUGAAGCACAAUAAACUUGAAUCGGACAAGCUUUGGUUGAGGAUUCUUGACCUACAGGAGGUCGUUCAGAAGCUCGAGUCCAGACCCCUUGAGGAGGAGAGUGGACGAUCAAAGGAGCUUGCAUCGGUCAUGGCGCGAGUUGUGGAAACUGAGCGGAUUUGCAAACAGCUGCGUGCGAGAGAUGAGGAGAUCCAAGGUCACCUGAGUCAUAUCUUGAGCCGCGAGCCAAAGCCAGAUCCUGUAGUACCCACGCAGGCGCAUGAGGUGCAAGAUAAGGGGCCUAGCGGGGUCCAAACAUUCAACAUGGCGAGUGGGACGCCACUCCAGGAUCAAACGGAUGCUGAUAGAGAUCAGUGGUGGGAUGCCUAUGACGAGAAGCCAAUACAAGACUGGUAUAGGGACCCACCUGGGCUGGUUAACGGUUCAUGGGCACCAAGUGCUCCACCUCCUGCCCUACCUCGUGAACUUGUGAAAUCGGAGACAUCUUCAGCUGCAGGUCAUGCCUUGCAAUUGGAGUCCAAAGAUCUGCGUGUCCAAGGCGGUCAGUGGAAGCUUCUCAAGGAGUUUCCAAAGAUCGAUGAACCGAGAGGCCAAGCGUGGGAAAAGGGGCUGCAGUUUGCCCAAUAUGCCACUGAGAUGGUCUCAGUCGCGAGUUGUGUGGGAUCAGGUUUCGCUCGCUUCGUGAGGUUUCAGAUCGACCGCGCAUUGGAACGGUUUAAAACAAGAAUGGAUAGAGGAAUCAGUGACUGGGAUUUGAUACCGACAACACCUGCUGGAUGUGACGAGUUUGAAUCUCGACUCUCCAUGACUCUUUUAUCGCAAACUACGGAUGAGAUCAAGCGUGGAGUCAUUGAAUCGGCAGCGGGUCAGGUUGUUCCAUCACUGGCUAUCCUUGAGGCCAUCCUUGAGCGAUUCCAACCUGGAGGAGUGGAAGAGAAGGCAUCCUUGACGAGCUUUUUGCGGAAUCUGCCUCAUGCAUCAUCCUUCACAGAGUGUUUGGCAACGCUGCGUAGGUUCAAGUUGGCAAACUCGCGAACAUCAGCUCUAGGACUACCUAGCCACCCUCCUCAUGAAGCGAUUGCAUCCUUGAAUAGCCUUGUCAAAGCCUUGGAGAAGAAGAAUAUUACUCUGAGUACUCGCUUGAACUUGUUACGGCUUCGCCCGGAGAUAUUGAAUCCUACGGAAGAGGGUGUGAGUCUCUUGUUGACGGCGAUUGAAUCAGAGGCGAGGCGCCUUGCUGCUGAGGAGUUUUCCAAACCUGGUCAAUCCAAGGGAUAUGAGGCUGGUCAUGGUGAGUACGAGAUUACAGCGGCCAAGGGCAAAGGCAAGGACAAGGGCAAAAAGGGGAAUGCAUCAGGUGACACCAAGUUUAUUCCUUGUGCCUUCUUCAACACGGAGCGGGGAUGCUUGAAGGGAAAGGAUUGUGAGUACAUGCAUGCCGCGAGCAUGGCCAUGUGCGAAUCCGAAUCAAACUCAGAUGAUCACAAUUCUCCUUCGGAACUUUCCGAGAUCGACGGCGUUGGGAGUGAUGAUCUUACUCCAAGCGAGUUCGGUGAUGAGCUUCAGGAGGAGAGUGAUGAUGAAGUGGGCUGGGUUUGGAGUCUACGGUUGACUGGUUUAGAAUGGAGAAUGUGGACUAGCCCGGGAAACAUUGUCAUCAAGGCCCACGCGGAGUUCGAACAUCUUGAGAAUUAUCAGAGGCUUGAACAGGGAGUAUGGCAAUUACAUCGGACGGGUAUGCUAGAUGAGCUGCCAGCUGUCUUGAACGAGGAAUGGACGGUGAACGCUGUGCACCCUGUGUAUGUCUUAGAUCCCGUCACGAGAGUGUUCAAGAGGGCGGAAGCCUUUGAACUUGAGCGGGGAGAUGAUCAGUCGAAGCUUCGCUUUGUUGUAGCGGUGGACAGAAAUCGACCGUAUGUAGAACCGUGGACUGAGGAUGCAUGGGUAAGUGAAUGUUUGCGGUUCGGUUUUGGCGCUUCCAAUGUUCAUGUCCAGGAUCGGAUUCCACUCGAAACCAUGUUGAUUGGACACGGGUUUGGCCACUUAGCGGAGACCCUGGGAUUGCUAGGAGCUGAGUACGCGGAUGACCUUGCAGUUCUGGGCCCUCAAGACUUGAUUGACAAUGGGAUUCCACGGCAGGAGGCUGAAGACUUGUUUCAGCAUGGAGGUGUCAUGUAUGAAGUUCACACUCCCACUGGAGUUCGAGGUGUUCCUGGAAAUGAAGACCGGAUUGAGGAACUAGCAUUUUCUCUUUAUGCGUCAUGGCAGGCGGGAGAUCCGGUGAGUGAUGAAGAGUAUGAUGCGGAAGUACAGCAGAGGUUCCAUCGUAUGAUCCGUAGAAGGCGCCAGGGCUUUGCGAACAUGUGUUGUGUUUCCGCUAGUCGGGUUGAGGGUGAUAGCAUGGUUCUUGUGGACAGCGGGGCUAAUGAAGUUCUUCGCCCUCAGACUCGGAGCCAGCCGGGCGAUACGCCGCUUCAAGUCACUCUCGCGUCAGGGUCGCAUUGCAAAGCCACCAUGAACAAGCAUGGAGAAGUGUGUAUGAUCUCAGAGAAUGGGGAGAGUGGAUCGUGGGUGUUAGAAAGAUCAUUGAUUUAG